AUGUCACACCGCGGUGGCAACUCCAACGCGUCGGCGGCGAAAAGUGAGCUAAUCGGAAACGGCACAGUUUCCACUUUGGCGAAUUCGAGGCAGAGACUGAGGUUGAAUCCGAACAAGGAGCACAAACCAGAAGCUUACGCUGAUCUGGAAUUGGAUUUCAGUCCUUCGAUUUUCAGUUCGUUAGAGAGACACCUUCCUCCGAACAUGCUCGUUAUUUCUCGUGAUGAUAAGGCUAAGUUCAUGACUGAGAUUUUGCUUAAGUAUCUUCCAACUGGAGAGCGUAAUAGAACUCAGAAGCAUAAAGAAUACAGACAGAAGAUAAAAUCGUAUUAUCAGCCUUUACAUCCCGAGUUGUACACUAUGAAUCCUACUAUAUUCUUUGUGCCGACAUUUCUCAAAGCAAUUAGUGAUAAUACAGAGCAAAGCUUUAGAAGCAUAAUAUCUGAGCCCUCUCCAGACAUUCUUGUAUUUCAAAUGUUUCAGCCAGACUUCUGUGAGUUGUUGCUAUCUGAGAUUGAACAUUUUGAGAAAUGGGUGACUGAAGCAAAUUUCCGGAUCAUGCGUCCGAAUAGAAUGAAUAAAUUUGGUGCCGUGCUUGAUGACUUUGGGCUUGAGCCGAUGCUUGACAAGCUUAUGGAUGAUUUUAUUCGUCCUUUAUCUAGAGUCUUCUUUCCAGAAGUUGGAGGAUCAACCCUGGAUUCACAUCAUGGAUUUGUUGUAGAGUAUGGUAAAGAUAAAGAUGUUGACUUAGGUUUCCAUGUGGAUGAUUCGGAAGUAACCUUGAAUGUUUGCUUGGGUAAGGAAUUUUCUGGAGGGGAGUUGUUUUUUCGAGGCUCAAGAUGUGAGAAACAUGUAAAUACAGGAAGUCAGCCAGAGGAAGUCUUUGAUUAUAAUCAUGUCCCGGGACGGGCUGUGCUCCAUCGUGGUCGACAUCGUCAUGGUGCUAGAGCAACAACAUCUGGCCAUCGGAUCAACUUCCUGAUGUGGUGCAGAAGUUCUGUCUUUAGAGAGAUGAAACUGUAUCAAAAAGAUUUCUCCAGCUGGUGCGGUGAAUGCAAUCGAAUGAAACAGGAAAGACAGCACUCCACAUGUGCUGCUACAAGAUUGGAAUUGAUCACACGGGAAGGAGAAUCCGCCCCAUAG